UGUCAGUACAAUCAUGGUCGGCCAGGUGCAAUUAGCUCUCGUGCUGGUGAUCGCGGUGUUUGCGCGCAGCGAUGCUGCGUCUUUCUCAGACAAGCAAGGCCUUCUCUCCGUUUACACGGUAGAACAUACCGCUAUCUUGGAUAAGGCGUUUGACCGCCUGUUGCCACAGUUGCAAGCAUUCAUCUUGGAACAUGGCAUGGACCCAAUGGAGCUCGCCGAUGUCUCCGACCGUCUUUUGCCGAACCUGCCUGGUAUACUCGGAGGACACAUCGACCUGAAGAGCGGCUGGCUGCAGAAUUUGUCGAAGUUGAAACGCGCCGACCACGUGGUCGCAAGAUACAGCGAACAAAAGCUGACGCUCGACAUGGACCUGGGAUUCGACGUUUUGGACUUCAACUACCAGUACGAUAUACAGUACAUGCUGUUCAGUAGACAGGGCGACAUUUACGGUCGUUUCUACAGACUCAAGCUCAAAGUCGUGCUGACGAUCGAUUUUGCCGAGCGUUACAUCUCUCUCAACUCGAUCAAGUUUGUCGUAGUCGGGAAAUAUGACAUCAAAUUCGAGGGUCACAUCUUGGAUUCCAUCUUGAACCUGGCGACCAAGGCGGUCACGACGAUCUUCAAGAAAGACGUCCUGGCGCACAUCGAGCGGCGCGCCAUGCAGAUAUUCGGAGCGAAGAUCGACGAGUGGAAUAAACUGAUUUGGCCGCCGAGCAAUGAAGAGCUAGCGACGCCAGCAGAAAUGACUUACGAUUUCGACACUUUCGGCAUCGAUACUUUUGACGUUAAACUCGACACUUUGGAUUUCAAGCUCGAUUAGCCUCUACGCUGCUGCGUUCUUCCAUUCGUGAAAAUCCGCAGAAUCGUUCAUGGAUAUUCCCAGGAACAGAACGGAAAAUCACGAUGACAUCAGAAUGACGUCAAAGUGAUGAGGAAAACUAAUUUUCUCAUCAUAAUUUGGUCAUCAUGCCCGUCAGCCAUUUUGUUGUCAUCACGAUCUUUGCUCUGCCUGGGUUGCUCGGCUGGCAUUUUUCUCACGCAAUAAACGCCGCAAUACUCGGCGCUCGAUUAUUACCGGCGAUUGUUGAUGCGCAUGCGCUUCGUGCUGCGAAGCAUCAUCAAUUCGACGCACACAUCAGCGUAAUUGUCGCGCAAAAUUCACUUCCCGAAAAUAAUCUAAUUUCGCUGCUGGUCUGCAAUACCUCUAAACUAGUUGAGUCAAUCUUUAGUCAUGUGAAAUAUUACAUGUGUGUAACGAAACAAUCGCUCGUGCUGAAUAAACAGUUGAGUAAGCACGCUCCCGAGAGAGCGUGGAAAUUAUUCUUACGCGAUACAACGUAUUCCCGCUCUUAUCUCGAUUGUUCAACACUACCGCGACCGGAAGAUAAGCACGAACUAAUGACAAAGUGACAAGUGCUUCUCUAGACGGCGUAUACUUGAUUUACAAUGACUCGGCGUACGUCAACUUGGAGACUCCCGAUAGACAUUGCAUCUCCCGCUCUAUUCCUAUUUCCAAGAAAUCCGUCUGCAAACAACACACAGUUAGCGGCGCAGUUCCUCCUCGACCGACCGACGAGAACGACAGAGAGAGAGAGAGAGAGAGAGAGAGAGAGAGAGAGAGGGGGGGAGAAAAGAGAGGGAUCUCGUGAUUCGUGCGUUGCGCAGGCAGAUCCUACGUAUUCAUAAGCGAAGUGCGGCAGUUUCGAUGGAGCCAGGCCGAGGCGAGCCCGUCUAAAGUGACGAUCAAUAUGCAUAACUUACAACAUUGUCGAGCGGUAACUUCGCACGUACUACUCCCGCCGCUUAAUCUUAUUAAACUUGCUCGGCUGCUCCCCGCUCCGCCCCCCGCCCCUUCGCCCCGAGGCCGAGGAGCCGCGCCACGUCGCAUCUUGGCGUAUAGUAUCGGCGUCGCAAACGGCGAUAGCGCAAUCUGCAUAGAGAUGGCUCUAUGAAAAUCCACGGGAUGGUCUCCGGGGAUAUAUCGUGAGGAGCGCGCGCGGUAAUCCUGUUUAUACGCA